GCAGCUUUUCCCGGAGGAGAUUCAGCGAUUUUUCGAGAGCAAACCCUUUUAUUAUUUCAUAUUUACUGUUUUAUUAAUUUUAUUGUGUUUUACUUAUUAUAUUAUUGGUAUAUUGUCCGUAUUGUCUGUUAUUAAUCUUAUAUAGUUUGUUUUUCAGGUGUCGGAGGCCGGUGAGGGUUUACUGACACCCUGCGGUCCGACAUGGAGUUUUGGCGUAGCGAAGAGCAUCGCCUGGAGGGGGCUUCUGGUGGUUCAGGAGACCCCUUCAUUCUGCUGCCUUUUUGUGGCACUGAGGAGCUGAGGGCUGCCUGUUUGCAGUGGCAGGGUGAGGGUCCAGACCCCUGGACGGAGCUCAGGAGGGUCCAGCAUGAGUUCCUCGAGGGGAAGCUGAGGGCCCUCAUUCAGAAGGUGGAGUCUCACUGCGCACGCGACCCUACCACUCUCCUGCCUUUUUGCGAGGAGCCAGACCCCUGGAUGGAGCUCAGGAGGGUUCAGCAUGAGUUCCUCGAGGGGAAGCUGAGGGCCCUCAUUCAGAAGGUGGAGUCUCACUGCGCCCGCGACCCCCCCACUCUCCUGCCUGUUUGCGAGGAGCCAGACCCCUGGACGGAGCUCAGGAGGGUUCAGCUCAAGUUCCUCGAGGGGAAGCUGAAAGCCCUCAUUGAGAAGCAGCUUUCCUGUCCCAGGCGGCGUGUUGGGAGUGUUCUGGUGCCGGUUAUGGAGGCAGCCCUCGCUCACAGGCUGGACUCUACCGAGCCUGAUCUCCCAGGUCCAGUUGCACAGUGCGAAGAAGCUCCAGCUCCAGACCUCACCACCACCUCUCAUCCGGAGCCAUCCAGUCAGGGAGACACUGCACUGUCACCCAACAAUAACACACAGCGCAGAUCCCUGAAACGCCCUGUCACCAACUUUCGGAGCUCCUUUGUGUGUCGUUUCAGGUCUCCUCGCCGAGUCCUGGUGCAGGUAGAAGAGGCAGAUCCCUCUCGCCGGCUGGACCUUCAGGACACAAAGCCUGAACUGGAGCCAGUGCCAGCUGCACAGGACGAGGACGACCUGGAGAACGACGUGGAGGUCCUGGAGUUGGAGCAUCACAGGCCAGGAGAGACAGCUCCAAACAGAAAGAGAGGAUGGCUACAGCACCUGCUCAGCUGCUUCAGGUGGAAAGCAAGAAAGAGCUGAAAAGGUGAUCUGUAGAGGAUCUGGCUGUAGAGCUGUACAUACAUACACAAACACAUACAUAAACACAUACAUACACAGACAUACAUUCCAGGGUUAGAAUUUUGGUAAAUGAGCUGAGGCACACAGUAGUGGUCUGGAGGUUGUGGGUAAUAUUCUGUGAUCUCCUAUGUCGUGCGCUUGGAGGGGGGUGAGUCUGGGAUGCCAGAAUUCACUGCUGAGUCUUCCUGAGGUGUUCAGCGUAACGCUUAUGAAGGGAGGUGCUCAGCGGAUGACCCCUGUGAAGAGCUUGUGGCGUAGUGAAGGAUCAGUGGGAGAAGGGAAGGGUGGGUGUUUCAUUUUUGGGAUAAAUGUUGCUGAUUGGAUGGUAAAUGGCCACAGCAGGGUAGUUGUUAGCUGUAGGAGUUUAUGGUUCUCGUGUAGUUUUAUGUAAAUGAGUGGGAGAGUAAAGAAGGGAAUGGGCGGAGCUCUAGAUUUAACCACAGUUGCGUAACUUACAUAGAUAUAGAGAUAGACGAAUAGGAUACACAAAGAAAUACACACACAGUAAUACACAUACAUACACACAGUUUUAAACAUAUACAUACACAAACACAUGUACACACAACUGUUUUUGUCUUUAUGUGCAUAGUUGUAUGUAUGUAAAUAUGUGUGUUUUUGUUUCUGUGUGUAUGUAUGUAUGUAUGUAUAUGUGUGUUUGAAAUUGUGUGUUUGUGUAUGUAUGCA